UGAUUUUUACAAUCACAGAUUAGCAACUAAUCAAAAAUAUCAAUGUGGUACAUCCCUAGUUCGUCGGUUUAUUUUUAUCUGUGGUUCUUUUUCAUGGCUGACGUUCGAAGGAACAAAUCGCAGUCAUGAAGCUGAACGUUUCGUACCCGGCAACGGGAUGUCAGAAGUUGUUCGAAGUGGUGGACGAGCACAAGCUCCGUAUCUUCUACGAGAAGCGCAUGGGCGCGGAGGUCGACGCCGAUCUGCUAGGAGAUGAGUGGAAGGGCUACGUCCUCCGUGUCGCCGGUGGAAACGACAAACAGGGUUUCCCCAUGAAACAGGGUGUCCUGACCAACAGCCGUGUCCGUCUGCUCAUGUCAAAGGGCCACUCUUGCUACAGACCACGUCGCGAUGGUGAGAGGAAGCGCAAGUCAGUCCGUGGUUGCAUUGUUGAUGCUAACCUGUCUGUGUUGGCUCUGGUCAUCGUCCGCAAGGGCGCCCAGGAAAUCCCCGGAUUGACCGACGGCAAUGUUCCCCGUCGUCUAGGACCCAAGAGGGCAUCCAAGAUCCGUAAAUUGUUCAACCUGACCAAGGAAGAUGAUGUCCGCCGUUACGUUGUCAAGCGCCUGCUCCCUGCCAAGGAAGGCAAGGAGAAUGCUAAGCCCAGAUAUAAGGCCCCCAGAAUCCAGAGGUUAGUGACCCCUGUUGUCCUGCAGCGCAGACGCCACCGUCUGGCACUGAAGAAGAAGCGCCUCAACAAGCGCAAGACAGCCGAGGCUGAUUACGCUAAGCUGCUCGCUCAGAGGAAGAAGGAAUCCAAGGUCCGCCGCCAAGAAGAGCUGAGGCGCCGGCGUUCGGCUUCCAUGCGCGAUUCCAAGAGCUCCGACAAGAGUGCGCAGAAGUGAAGUUCUCAAUAAAAACUGUAAAAAAUA